ACUUUUCAGCCUCCAACUUGAAAAACAAGCUAAAUAACAAGCCAGUAGCAACUAUAAAUAGCAACCUUAGCUUGUUACCAAUUCAUAUUCAUUAUCCGAAUAUCAACUAAGAAGCUAAAGCCUAUCAUCAUUUUCUAAACAAAUUAUUCACUCAAAAAACAAACACAAUGGCACCCCAUGGAGAACCAAUUUCCAAAUCCUCCUACGUCCGAACAAAAAACCUUAGCAAGCCCCCUAGACUCUCCAACGACAAUUUACAACGUACAAUGUCCGAUAUCUCGUUCGAGUGGAUGAACAAAGACACAAUUACCCCUAUUGACUCCUCAAAUGAUCUCCCACCUAUAUCCGAAGUUGAAAAUGCGAAAUGUGAGUGUUGUGGAAUGAGCGAAGAAUUCACACAUGAAUAUAUUGACCGCGUCAGAAAAAAAUAUUCGGGCAAGUGGAUAUGCGGACUAUGCAGCGAAGCAGUAAAAGAAGAAGCGGAGAAAAAUGGAGGAAAAAAUGAAGAAGCGUUGAGUACACAUAUGUGUGCUCAUAGCAAAUUUAAUAAAUUUGGUAGGGCUUAUCCUGUACUUUAUCAAGCUGAAGCAAUGAGGGAAAUGUUGAAGAAAAGUGCUAGAGAUGGAAGGGGAAUUCUUAGAGCUAAAUCUAUAAGUCCAAGGGACAAAAUUGUCACAAAGAGGGGUACUACUGGGAUUGCAAGAAGUACUAGCUGCAUUCCUGCAAUUACUAAGGAGAUCAACGAGCUUAAUUAAUUAACCUAGAUAAUUUUGUUUACUAUUAUUUUGUUGUGCAAUAAUGUCUAAUAACUAGAUUUGGACUAACUAAACCUUUGGGUCACUCUUUGAGGUUUUUUAGGGUUAAUUAGUUCAGGUUCUUAACCUUUUUUUCCUCUCAAGUUAUGAGGGGUUUUAAGGUCGUACGUUUGUAACUCAAUUAAUGACUGACCAAAUUUGUAUUCAUCGUCUCAGGAUGUUUAAUGUUGGCCUAUAAUCAUUGUAUUUUAUAUAUUCAAAUCAAUAUUUGAUUAAGACUUUAA